CUUGGUGACCAGAGACACAGGUGGGGCGAGCGUGCAGCCACAUGUCCACUACGGGCACUUCCUUCCAUCUGGACAACCUGACCUGAGGCCAUGACCACACAACAGCUGGCUGACCGUGGGCGGGCAGGGACCGAGCUGUUUGAGAGAAGGGGCUGCCACAGUGAGGAGAGGAAGCAGACACUGCUGAUGUUGCUGGUUUUGGUGCUGUACCUGGGAGCUGAGAUAUCAGGGGUGAUGUGUGUACCUCUUUCAGGAAGAAGCUGGGAGAUAUCAGAAAGGAUCAGAAACUGUAACUACCCUCAAAACCCUGUGGCUUCCCAGGGGUUGGAAUAUCAGAACAACGAAGCCGCAGAAGAGCCCAGCAAGGGCACCAGGGGCUGGGUGAAGAAGAACGCGCACACUUUCCUGGAGAAAUUAGAGCAAGAGCUGCGCGAGCUGGAGCAGCUGGUGCGGGACGUGGAGGUGUGGCUGGAUGCUCUCCUGGGAGAGCCGCAGCGGGAGGAGCCCUGCCCUGCACACAAAAGCCACUUGUGAGGAGCCAGGGCUAGGGCCUGGGCAGAAGCAAAGGCAGAGGUGGGCUGGGACAUCCAGGGACCCCCUCCAAGUGAACU